AAGCUGCCACAAAACCAGGAUUUUUAGUUUUUGUUUACAGUAGCAGUUGGUGGGUCUUGAAGCUGGCUGGAAGCUGCAGCACCUCUCUCCCUGUUACUCACUGUCUAUUAUCAACAUCACAUACGGGAAUGAUUAGGAAUUAAAUAAUUAUCGAUGUGUACUUCAAAAAGAAAGGAUUUCCACAAAUAUAUUUAUAAGCUAAAAAGAUUGAUGUCAUGAAGCGUGGCAACACCAAUUUAUGGAAUUCAAUGAAGACUUCAAAUUAGAUUGAGAAAUCAAAUACAGAUGAGCUUUUGAAAGGAAAUGCAAUGGACACAAAUCUCUCUGAGGCAACAGAAACUGUUCAAUGCUGUUAUGAAUUUGUAAAUGAAUCUUGCCCUAAAGCAACCCGAUCAAAUGGCGUUCGGUUUACAAUGUAUAUAUUUAUGCUGCUAAUAAUUGUCUGUACUCUUAUUGGUAACAUGUUACUCAUUAUUUCGAUUUUGCAUUUCAAACAGCUUCACAUAUCCACCAAUUAUCUUAUUCUUUCUUUGGCCACUGCUGACUUUCUGUUGGGCUGUUUGGUUAUGCCUUACAGCAUGGUGAGAUCCGUAGAAAUGUGUUGGUAUUUUGGACAAUUGUUUUGCAAGAUUCAUUCCAGCUCUGAUAUAAUGCUCAGCACAACUUCAAUAUUACAUUUGUGUUUUAUCUCUGUUGAGCGUUACUACGCAGUGUGUGACCCACUGAGAUACAAAAUAAGGAUUACUUUCUCCUCAGUGCAGAAGAUGAUCAUCGUCAGUUGGACUGUUUCAGCUAUUUUUGCUUUUGUUGUAGUAUUCUUAAAAUUAAAUUUAAAAGGAAUGGAUGAUGUUUACAACAAUAACUUUGCUUAUUAUGGAAGUUGCAUACUUACGUUCAGUGAAAUAUCAGGGCUGGUUGCAUCAAUAGUUUCCUUUUAUAUCCCAGGAAUUAUCAUGCUGUGUAUUUAUUCUAAGAUUUAUUUUGUGGCAAAGAAACAGGUCAGAAAUAUAAAUAAAAUAGCGAGUCAAAUUCAAAAUAUCAGAAAUAGCAAAACUAGAUUUUCACAAAAUAAUGAAAGAAAAGCUGCCAAAACCCUAGUUAUGGUUAUGGGUAUAUUUUUGAUUUGUUGGUCUCCAUUUUUUAUUUGCAAUACAAUAGAUGGUUUUGUCAAUUAUUCAAUCCCUCCUGUUUUGUUUGAUGCUUUUGUUUGGUUUGGCUACUUGAAUUCUACGCUUAAUCCUAUAAUCUAUGGCUUCUUCUUUUCCUGGUUUAGAAAAGCUGUAAAAAUAAUUUGCAAGGGCCAAAUAUUUCAACCUGUUUCUUCGCGAAUGGACCUGUCCUUUGACUAAAGCACACAUGAAAAGGAGACAGUGAGUACAGUACACGAGGUAUUUGUCAAUUUGACAUGUUGCCACUGGUACUGUUUGAAUACGUGUGUAAUUGCUAUAAAUAUGAACUUCGGUGACCUGAUAUUGUGACAUGUCCAUCCUUGAACCAGUCCAAAAGUCUGAACUUUACUCCAGGCUGCCAAUUAGUUCUAUGCAAUGUAUAGUCAAACCAUUACAACUUCCUGUUUUCACAAAAAUGCAAUCAGGAUUUUUUUAAAAAUUGGGAGAUUUAAAGAACAAAAAACAUCUCCUUAAGGACCAUUGUUCAUUCUGCUCAGCUCCCAGUUUUCAACGUUGUGUUUUAAGUACACAUUCCAACUCAUUUGUACUUACAAACUGCAUCCAGUACUAAGGAUAUUUUAGGACCUAGACUUGCAUACUUAAUGUGGCUCCCACCAAUUCAGUUGAAUCCAAGGGCUAUAAAGUAAAGGUUAUAAAGGUGGUCAGAAAAACAACAGCAUGUAGGAUUAGAGCAGGGAACAAGGAGCUCAGAGUCAAAUGUUGCACUGUCAUC